AUGGAAAAUGAUUAUAUAGGAAUACAUUCAACUGGAGCAUUUCUCGUAACUCAUAAAGUGGAAGGAUCAGAAACAGUAAGGAAGCUGACAGGCAAAACGACACCAAUUGCUGUGUCGUCAACGCUUGAUACUUCUGGUGCAGAAGUAGAGGCACUAGAUUAUGCCAUCAGGUCGUAUUAUACACCAAGUGAACGUCCAGAUAUGUCUGGCGUAGGUACAGUAACAUUGUAUAAUGACGUUGUAUCGGUUGGAGAUGUGGUAGCUACAAUCACAACCACUGAUAAUGAUCAAGAGGAUGUUGGAAGCCUCACGUUGACAAUAAAUUCAGCUGAUAACAGUGGAACAAGUUAUUUUGAGUUUGUUUCUGAUGAAAUAAGGGUAAAAGCUCUUCCACCUGUUAAUACAUAUAAUCUGGAGCUUCAAGUAGAAGAUCCGUGCACCCUAUCACGAACCAGAACAGAAGUGAUUGAUAUACUCAAUAGACUUCCUGUUAUUAACAACCUUCCAGAUGCUGUAUCAAUAUCAGAGGAUACUGCAGACAAUACAUUUGUAUUUACCAUUGAUGCCACAGAUACCAUAACAGACCCGGUAUCCUGUGCAAAGAAAGGAGGAGGAACUGUGCCAUUCUCUGUUGCCCAAAUACCAGGUUCAACAGAUUAUGGAGUAUACAAAAACUCGGGAGUCCUACUAAACUACGAUACCAUUCAAUCCUAUACAGUAACCAUAGAAUGUGAUGACGGCGACGACAAAGUAGAUGCUGAUCUGACCAUCAACUUAAUACAAAAUCAGCCACCAGUCAUAAACAGUUUACCUACAACCGAAAGUAUAUCAGAAGACCUCAACACUAGAACAUUAGUGCAUACUUUGAACGUUACAGAUGUUAAUACAGCUGAUACUGUGACAUGCGCAUUCAACCCAAACAACGCGUUAUUUGAACUAAGUAAAAUACAACCGGCAUCAGUGGAUUAUGGUGUUUUCUUGGUUGGAGGAACAGUUUUGGAUUAUGAUGUCACUCCUUCGUAUACCUUAAAUAUUGAUUGUGCUGAUCAUAGGAGAUCUGUCUCAGAUGUUUUGACAGUGGCAAUAAUUCGAAACGAGCCACCAACAAUUGUAAACCUACCAAUGAGUUCAGACAUACCGGAAAGUAUAACUUCAGAAAGUUUGCUGUAUACCAUAUCAGUGACAGAUCCGACUAAUGAUACAGUUACAUGUGUUAUUACACCAGCAACUUCUAUAUUCUAUCUCCAAACCACAUCAGCGCAAUUUGAAACCGAGAUAUGGGUUCGAGGUAAUCAAGGGUUCGUGUAUGACACUAAAAGACAAUAUACUUUAACUAUAGAAUGUGCUGACCAGCGACGAAAAGAUUCGGCAGAGUUUUACGUUUACAUUCUUCGAAAUAUGCCUCCAUACUUCCCUAAUCUUCAAGAUAAAACAAUUGUUUCGUCCGAGACCUCAGCUGCUGGUCAGAUCAUUUAUACUGUAGACAGUGUGGAUCCUGAGAGUGACAAUGUACAAUAUUCUUUGUCAUCUAACACUGCGAAUGUACCAUUUAUAAUCAACCAAAACACUGGAGCAAUAUCUUUUACCCGCUCUAUAAAGACGGAACUUGUAGCCGGAUAUGAUUUAUACAUAAGUGUAUCAGAUGGACGAAAUGUGGUGGCUGCGCGAUCAUUAUCAGUUCGUAUUACCGGUAUUAAUUUUCCGCCACAUUUCCAAGUUCCUGCACAAACAUUAACUGUAUUAGAAAAUAUCAAUUCUGGAUCGUCCAUAUUUCAACCAACUAUUACAGAUGAAGAUUUAUCAGACGUUCAUACGUUUUCUGUCGUUUAUUCUCCCCCAGAUGGCGCUGUAUAUUUCGGCGUCGACAAAUCAACUGGAUUAAUAACAUCUUUGGUUGAUAUUGAUUAUGAGACAAUUCCAUUCAAGUCAUUUUUGCUGGUGAUAACUGGGUCGGAUUCUCUGUUGGAAGACACUACGAACAUAACAUUGAAUGUACAGAAUGUAAACGAGGCUCCGGUGUUUACAAAGAAGUAUUACUCAAUUACAACUUCAGAAAAUAUUGGUGGAACUAUGAUUCAGAAUCCAUUUUACCAGUAUACAGAAGUAGACGGUGACACAUUAAAAUUUUCUCUUGACUGUGGCACCGACACGGGUCGUUUGGACAUAGAUUCAUCGACAGGUCUUCUGUCGUUUUCAACAGACUAUGAUUUAGACAUCGUUGGUACAGCAUCAAAGAUAGACUGUAAGGUUUCAAUAACUGAUGAUGAAUAUACAGAUAUGGCAUAUGUUAAUAUAACCAUAUUAGACGAUAAUGACAAUUCACCUGUGUUUAUAUAUAGUGAAUAUACGUUUUACAUACCAGUUUCUUCAAGUGUUGGGUCAUUUGUUGGACAGGUACAAGCAAUUGAUAACGAUAUUGGAAAUUAUGGAAAUGUCCUUUACCAUAUUGCACUCGAAGAUUUCAACUACGGUUUGUUCGAUGUUGUCCAAAAUGGUUCGAUAUUUGUCAGCGAAAGUUUAACUCAGUAUACUGAGGGGUCAACAUUGAAUCUUACCAUAUAUGGUGUAGAUCCAGGAGGCAGGGAUGGUCUCACGAUGGUUUAUGUUGUAUUUCCAACACCUUAUGUGGAGCCCAUUACUACAGGGAAUGGCAUAGAGUAUUUAACAUUCUUCAGAUAUUCUCCAAACAUGGCUUGGUUUGUUCCGCUGAUGUUUCUUCUUUUUGUCACCUUCUGUGUUGUUGUACACACUCUCUACAAAUCAAGUUGUUCAUGUUUGAAGAAAAAUGAACGGAGCACCCGUAGAAAGAAGCGGAAAAGACCAAUGAAAACUUUUCAAAGAUACUGAUUCGAGAGAGAUAUUAAAGUAUACUCUGUUGUAAAAAAAACAUGUAUUCGUAGAUGUAAUGUUCUUCAGUACUAAUUUAGAUUAUAUUUUGCCUAUUUUUCAGUAAUAAUGGCGAUAACAUUUGUAUUUUAUGAUUAUCUAUGUAAUAUCUAA